CAAGUCACUAUUAAGAGUUUGAGACGUUACAAUUAUAAUAUUGACACCUUGUCCACAACAACCAUAAACAAAAAAACAAAGCGCAAUUCAUCAUUUCUUGCUUUCCUUACUCUUCCUCUAUCUCUCCUUUUCUGUAUUUGUUUAUCUCUUCAGAUUGGCCUUUUUUUUUUCCCCUUCCUUCAGUGCAAGUUCUCAUAGCUAUGAGGAAGAAGAGUGAGAAAGAAAAAGUGGAGAGCGAGUUGGAAGAGAGAGAAAGAAGCGGCGGUACACUGGGUUCCAUGCUUCCGAGGAUCGACCCAUUUGUGCCAAGGGCCGACCACCAUAAUCCCAGGGAGCUGAGAUCUUGGGCGAAGAGAACUGGGUUUGUCUCAAAUUUCUCCAGUGAGGCGCCCAGCGAGAGGAAUGGCAGUUCCACUUCUUCUGGGUUGGAUUUGGAGAAGGGUUUUAGAGGCCAUAGAGGUGGUGGGUCCGGCUCGUCUCCGAAGAUUGAGAUCGACCCGAUUCUGGGCCGGACCCGGCCCAACAGAGGGGCUGAGAUUGAGGCUGCUUCUUUGAAUGGGAAUGGUGGGGUUAGAGAUAAUGGGUUUGGGAGGAGAGUUGCUGAUAAUGGGAAUGGGAAAGGGAAUGAGAGUGUUGAUGGGGGUGUGAGUAGAAUUGGGAAUGGCAAUGGGAAUGGGAAUGGCGGUGUGAGUAGAAUUGGAAAUGAGAAUGGGAAUGGAGUUGGAAUGGCGGUGGUUGAUAGGGAAGUGGAGGCAAAGAAAGAGGAUGGGAAAGCUCAGGACGAUUUGGAAGUGAAUGUCAAUGCAGAGGGUGAUGAGCAAGAACAUGUUCAUGGAGGUGGAGACUGGCGUGGGCCCUUUGGAAUCAAAUGCGGUCUAAGAGAAAAUCCGGGUUUUGUGCCCUUGAUGUGUUACGGCCUGCAGCACUAUUUAUCAUUGGCUGGCUCACUUAUUUUCAUCCCCUUGAUUAUUGUUCCAUCUAUGGGUGGAACAGAUAAAGAUACUGCCACAGUGAUUUCAACAAUGCUGCUAGUUUCUGGCGUUGCGACAAUACUGCACUCAUACUUCGGAACCCGACUUCCACUUAUUCAAGGAAGCUCGUUUGUUUAUUUGGCACCUGCAUUGGUCAUAAUGAAUUCUCAGGAGUACCGAAAUCUUACAGACCAUAAAUUUAGGCAUAUAAUGAGAGAACUCCAAGGGGCUAUUAUUGUUGGAUCAAUUUUUCAAUUCCUCCUAGGAUUUAGCGGUUUGAUGUGCCUUUUCCUGAGGUUGAUAAACCCCAUUGUGGUUGCACCCACAGUUGCUGCAGUGGGUUUAGCCUUUUUCAGCUAUGGUUUUCCGCAAGCCGGAAGUUGUGUGGAAAUUAGCCUUCCAUUGAUACUAUUGGUUCUGAUAUUCACCCUGUACCUUCGAGGAUUAUCCAUCUUUGGGAAUCGCUUAUUUCGAGUUUAUGCGGUUCCCUUGAGCGUUGUUAUAAUUUGGACGUAUGCAUUCUUUUUGACUGCCAGCGGGGCAUAUGAUUACAAAGGCUGCAGCCCCGACAUACCAAGUUCAAACAUAUUGAAUGAUGGAUGUAGAAAACAUGCAUAUACUAUGCAGCAUUGCAGGACUGAUGCUUCCAAUGCGUGGAGAACGGCUGCAUGGGUCAGGAUUCCCUAUCCUCUGCAGUGGGGCAUGCCCAUCUUCCAUAUGAGGACAUCAAUUAUCAUGAUCGUAGUAUCACUUGUCGCAUCCGUUGACUCGAUUGGUACGUACCACACUACAUCCGUGCUCAUCAAUUUGAAGCCUCCAACGCCAGGAAUUGUGAGCAGAGGAAUUGCAAUGGAGGGUUUCUGUAGUAUAUUAGCUGGACUUUGGGGCUCAGGAACUGGGUCGACAACCUUGACAGAGAAUCUGCACACCAUUGAAGUCACAAAGGUGGCUAGUCGAAGGGCUGUGGAACUUGGAGCAGUUUUCCUGAUAGUCUUUUCAUUUAUAGGAAAAGUUGGUGCUAUUCUUGCCUCCAUACCAUUGGCCUUGGCUGCUGCUAUAUUGUGCUUCAUAUGGGCCCUUAUUGUGGCCUUGGGUCUCUCCACUUUGCAGUAUAGUCAAACAGCAAGUCUUAGAAAUAUAAUGAUAGUUGGUGUUUCAUUGUUCCUCGGUUUAUCUGUCCCCGCAUAUUUUCAACAGUAUCAACCUGAAUCCAGCUUAAUACUUCCCAGCUAUUUCAUUCCUUACGCAGCAGCAUCCAAUGGACCGGUCCAUUCUGGCAAUAAACAAAUUGAUUUUGCUAUAAACGCACUUCUGUCUAUGAACAUGGUCGUAACACUCUUGGUAGCUUUUGUACUGGACAACACUGCCCCAGGAAGCCGACAAGAACGAGGGGUGUAUAUUUGGUCACGCGUAGAGGAUAUCAGGGACGACCCAUCUUUACUUGCGGAUUAUUCUCUGCCAAGGAAAAUAGCCGAUGUAUUUGUUUACCGAAAUGUUUGGGGGUGUGAUAGUUGGCGUUGUUCCACGCUUUAUGAACAGACUUAUUCUGAAGAAGUCUCUCCAAAGGCUGCUCACAGGAUGUUAAGGAUGCGGAUGUUGGAGCUGCAGGACAUCAGAGCUCAAAACGAAGAAAGCAUAGUUCAUUUAUACAUAAUCGAUAGCGUACACGAAAGUGAAAAGUUAUUUGCUAUUACCAGGUUAGUGAAAUUAUUUACGUAUAACGAAGUUCCGGAUUGUAUAAUAGGUGAAACAUUAUUUCAAAGGGGGCUCUCUCUGUUAUUUUUUCUCAAUUAUAUCACUUGAGAUUUAUUUGAUUACAUUCCAAAAAGUGUAGUUUUACAGUUGAGCUUUACCCAUAGAAGGAUCAACUUAGAAUAUAUGUAAAACUUGGUAUUCUUCACAUACUCGUGCUAUUUUUGGUCAAUUUUUUGUUA